CCCCUCAGCGCGUGGGAAGGGAGGGGGGAGGCGGGCGCGGGCAGUGCGCAUGCUCCUGGUGCGCGGCGCCCCCGCUCGGCCGCGCUCGGCGCCGCUCGGCUAUUUCCGCCUCUUUGUUUUAAACUCCGGCCGGAAUUUUUUCCUUCUUUUGGGGGAGAGUCGGAGGGAGCGGAGCCCCCCCGCGGGCGGACACGGCGCCCCGCCGCCCGGUCCCCGCGCCGCCAGUCCCCGUCUCAUUUGCUACACACGUUUCAACUUCUACAACAAAUGAGACAGAAGUUCAACAGACAACAGCCUGAUUCCCUACACAACCCUGAUUUAUUCCCCGAACACCAUCCAUCCUGUCCACUGAAUGAAGCCGGGGUCCUGUGGAAAAACUAGUAUGUUCUCAUUGAAGAGAACUUAAGACCGAUUCUGGAAUACUAUUGGUAAAUUUGUUCAGAUGAGGAGACCCGGGGCUUAAAUUGGAUGGAAACUCAAAUACUGGAGAAACUGGGGUCUCUGGAUGGCAGACUCUGAAAAGAAAUGCAGUUUUAAGAGGAUUGGUUCAGAACUGUCAGACUUGGGGAGGAUUCACAUUUCUCCACCAUGGCCACAAACACCAAAGAUGCUGACUAGAAAGAUUAAACUCUGGGAUAUUAAUGCCCAUAUAACCUGUCGUCUCUGCAAUGGAUACCUUAUCGAUGCUACCACUGUAACAGAAUGCUUACAUACCUUCUGUAGAAGUUGCCUGGUGAAGUAUUUGGAGGAAAAUAACACCUGUCCAACAUGUAGAAUUGUUAUACAUCAGAGCCAUCCGCUACAGUAUAUUGGUCAUGACAGAACAAUGCAAGAUAUUGUUUACAAACUUGUGCCAGGCCUUCAAGAAGCGGAAAUGAGAAAGCAGAGAGAAUUCUAUCAUAAACUAGGCAUGGAAGUACCAGGGGACAUCAAAGGGGAGACAUGCUCUGCUAAGCAACAUUUAGAUUCGCAUCGGAAUGGUGAAACUAAAGCUGAUGAGAGUUCAAACAAAGAAACAUCAGAAGAAAAACAGGAAGAAGAUAAUGACUAUCACAGAAGUGAUGAACAGGUAAGCAUCUGCUUGGAAUGCAAUAGCAGCAAAUUGCGUGGAUUGAAACGAAAAUGGAUCCGCUGCUCAGCACAAGCAACAGUCUUACAUCUAAAGAAGUUCAUUGCCAAAAAACUUAACCUUUCUUCUUUUAAUGAGCUGGAUAUAUUAUGCAAUGAAGAAAUUCUUGGCAAGGACCAUACGCUCAAAUUUGUAGUUGUCACUAGAUGGAGAUUUAAGAAAGCACCUCUCCUGCUACAUUACAGACCCAAAAUGGACUUGCUGUAAGAGACCUUUAUUGUCCUUCUGGACAGCGUUUUUUGCAGAGACUAUCAUCAGGCACCUUCUUAGUGCAUCACUUAACUCACAUCUGACACGAACCAGCAGAAUUUUUUGGAAGACUGUAGUGCUCUCACAGCCAACCAACCUUCUGAAUAUUUCUUCUGGGGACGUGUUGCCCAGAUUUCUGGACAGAAAAUAUUUAUACUUUUUUUGUACGAAAUAAAUAAAUCACAAGAGGACACUACCAGCACUAAGUUUACAGAUCCUGAAAACACUUCACAGUUCCAUGUAGCUCAACUUGAUUCAUCUCUUUGCUGCAGUUACGCAAAUAUAAGUUAAAAUGUUGUGGGGGUGAUUUAAAAGGUUGGUUUUGACACCAAAAUUACCUUUAGUUACUUUCCAUCUUUUGAAACUUCUGAAGCUUAUUUUGAUCUAUUCUGCAAGGUGUUCCUGUCUUACAUAGUAUGCCUCAGUUACUUUGGCUUUCAUUGAGCCCUUUGAAGAGCAUUGAACGUACCUUAUGAUUAUAGAGACUGGUGAUAUUUAUGCUGCAUUAAAAACUUCCUAAAAAUCUAGGCAUCUGAAAACUCCAUGAGUUUCACACAAUGCUUGAUCUCAUUUUAUAUUUCAUUCAUGUUUUGGCAUCCCCUGCAUGUUUUGAUGAGGCUAAUGAAAAUGCAUUUACUUUUUUAACAUGGCUCAAUAUUUUGCUGUGGCAUAAAUUGCAUCCGAUCAUAACACAAGAGUACUCAAAGUGCUAAAUUUGUGAAUUUUAAGGUAGACUUGUCUUUAUACAGUAGAGGCUUGCAGAAAUCUUUUUUUUUUCUUUAGGGAGAGUGGGGUUUUUGUUGUUGUUUGUUUUUUUGCUAAAUUUGUAACUAGUGGUUAAAGCAUUUUUAUUUUGGGAAACAUACCCCAUAGAAAAUUACACAAGUUUCCAUGUCACUGGUUUAAAAAUUCAGCUGUUAAUUACUGACCAGUUCUAGAUUUCCUUUAAUGGUUUCCUUAAGAAGCUAUUGUUUUCUUUAGUGCAAUCAUUGGCUAUCUUGGAGGUCAGAUUAGAUCGUAGCGGCACCUUCUGGUCUUAAAAUCUAUUAAUCUAGCUUUUGUGUUCAGCCUUGAGAGAUGCCGGACGCUACUCUAUGUAUGUCAUCAAGUCCACGCUCAGAUAAUGCUUAGUGGGGUGUUAACUUAAAAAAAAAAAAAAAUUUGAAAGCAUCUUAAAAAAACUGUUAAUACUGGUUGAAAGUGAUUUCUGCAAGCGAUAUACUGUAUAACAUAUAAUAAAAAUAUGAAAUGUUAAAAUGUUUGACUGGCACAGGGAUUGUAAGAUACUGAAAAGAGGGUGUGCAGUAUGACACACUGGCAGCUGGAGGUUAUUACUUUCUUUUUAAAUGCUCAGGAGGGAAAGAGCAUGAAAACACCAGUUUUGUAUACAUAUUAUUAAACCCUUGUAUUCCUCCAUAAGGCAAAUGUCACUGGCUAACAUAAGCAUUAUGCCUGUUGGCACCACCCUACUCCAUCCAGUUGUGCUCCUUUGCCCUGCAAAAAAUCAUUAUUUAAAAUUAGAUUCAACAUCAGGAAGUAAAUCAUGAAAAAUACUGGCUUAUCCAAACAUGUACAUUCUCUUUUCUCCUGAUUCUGAAAGAAAUCCACCUCCUCCCCAAAACAUCAUGUUCCUGUGUGCCUCCUUACACAUUCUUAGCUGGAGCCUUCCAUUCCUCCAUUUGUCUCCUCCCUUAGCUUUCCUACUGCCACAUUUGUGAGAGGGAACACAGUCUCACCUAUAUAUAUUUCAAAACAGCAUUAUAAAGCUGCAUUCUUUUAUUUUUAUUCAUAAUCAUAGAGGUGAAUGAGGAGGAAAUCAGAAUGGGUGCAAACGGAGAAACAAGGGAAAUCUACUGGACUAGUAGGAGUGCCCUCUCUGCAAAUCUAGGGCAUGAGAGAUGUAAAUGUACUGAGGGCUCGUUGGGCCAGGCAGGAUGACUUCACAUCUAGGCCUGGAGUAUUUCAGCAUUGGAGGGGGGAGGAAUAGAAUUUGGCUCUAGUUUGGUCUUUCUGUUCGUGUAUGCACCUAUCUACAGUUCUGCUUUUAUCUACAAAUAACUUGAAGAAAAAAAUAGUGUCGGAAGAGGAACGGGGAGACUUCAGUAGUUUAGUUUUAGCAACUGGCCCUUUGUGAGCUUUUCACAAAAUGAACCUAGGUGAUGUGACCCUAUACAUCAAUUGAUUUACCAGGACUUUGUGGACCUGUUAAUCAGUUGUCCGCAUUGUGGGGUGUGUAAGGGAACUUCAGCCAAGUGACCCUAUCCUAAUCAAUCUGAUUCAUUUGCAUCUAAGGGUUUAAUAAAUAUAUAUACACAAUGUGUCUACCUCAGAAUAUGCACUACAGCAGCAUUUUGUAAAACCAGAUGUUACUGCAGUGCCACUGAAGUACAUCAGAAUUUGAAUAUUUUCCUGUGUAAUAAAACUGAGGAGCGAUUAAACGGUAUGAACAUGCACAUUCAAAAAACCCUCUGCCAUUCAGUUCUAACUCUCACUGUAGCAAUCUACAGUACAGAAUAUAUAUUUGUAAGUUUGUAGCUAUCUUUGGAAUCACUUGAAUUUGCUAUGGUGCUAUAUCAAUAUAUUUAAAUAUCAGUUGAUAUCUGUAUAGAUACAUAAAUCUGAAGCCUGUAUUAAUACCAACAGCUGGUUAUAGCUCAUAAUUGUGUGCAACUCUGCUUUUUUAAAUGUAUUAACCUGAUAAAACCUCAGUGGUAAAAAUACCUAUUUUUCUAAAUUGCAUCAUGUCAGAAUAUCUUCACUACAGAAACUAUUUCCCAUAGGGGUUUGCUGCACCAGUUGGUUUGAUUUUAGCUUUGUAGAAAGAGUAACAUCCAAUUAAAUUCAACAGUCAGUGUGAGACCUUAAGUAUUCUAUUUCUGAAAUUUCUGUUUUACUUCUGUGAAGCUUAAGAGACAGUUGAUUUAAUGUCAAAACUAUAUUGGGGAAAAAUAACUAUUGAUUUUUUUUUAAUAUUGUUUAAUGUCUGAAAGCCAGGCUCAGCUUAGAUAUCUCUUGGUCCUGCUUGGUCAUGUUCAGUUUAUUUUGGUUUUAGUGAAGAUGGAGUUACUGUGAAGUAGUUUUCACAACUGCUUACGCUGGUAAGUAAUUGCAGUACAAGUAUCUUGUUGCAUUAUCCUCAGCAGCAAUGAGACUAAUUACCCAGGCUCAUAGUCUCACUAGAUAUAGUUUUCAUUUAAAAUAGAUAAUUCAGAUAGAAUAUAUAAUAUUGAAUUUAAAUAAGAUUUGGGGGUUUUAAAAAAAAUUAACUUUAUAAAAUUAUUUAUUCUAUUUUAAGCCUUCUAUCUUAUUUUACCAUCCAAGUAUUUUGGUUUCAAUGGUCCAGCUUUAUUUACGGGCAUAUAAAAUGAAAUUGUGAGAUGUUUUUACAAGCUUCUUCCUUUUACUUUGAGUUUGAGUAGUUUUUAUUUGUUUUUUGUAUGGAUAAAGAGCAUUACUUAUGCUUUUGUGCAAUAGGUUUGAAACAUGCAUUUAUAAGGCAUAUGUUUAAAUUGUAAAUGUAGCAUCUACUUACCGCUAAAUUGAGAAGGAAUGUAGGUGGGAUUUUUAAAAUGUACAUUCAAAUGGGUUUUUGUUGUUUUUUUUUAUUUUUUAUUUUUGGGUUUUUUUAAUUAUUAUUCUGAAGUGAAGUUUGGGGUUUUAAAAUUGUGUGUAAGUGCAAGAACUACCUGUCAGCAAUAUUUUAAAAUAAAUGAUCUGGCAAGAAA